AUGGAAGCAGAUAAAAGUCUCCUUAACACUCUCCGCAAUACCCUCGGUCUGAGCAACCUGCAAGAUGUAUCACAACUGGCUCAAGUCUCCCAGGAUCUGCUCGAACAAAAGUUUGCUGCCACGCCUGAAGGCUUCCCACCUAAGAGAAUGGCGCGAAUCUACAUGAGAUGGCUUAUUCACCAAGACUUUACGAUAGAAGAGCGUCCCCAAAGCCAAGUCGUCGAGCAAUGGGUAUCCUUUAUGGUCUGUUGGGGGUUGAACGUUGAAGAUGCGAUCGCCAUAUGGGCUAAAGACAAUGACGAGCAGCAUCAGUUCCUUAUACUUGAGAACACAGAGCCUAUACGACCCCCUAGCUUGGUUGAAGAAAUGCCUCCUCCACUGCGCAAUCACAAUUUCAAGACCCGCGGUCAAAUUAGAAAGUUUGACGAGCAUGCGAAUGAUGCAAAAAUCAAAUCUGCCCUGGAGAACUGGCCGACGAAGGAUAUUCCGUUCUCGAGCAUAGAGACUGUUGUAGAUACAGAUGCAGAGUCCGAAGAAGCCGAAGAGACUACGUCGCUGGACAUAAAAGGAGAAGAUGGGGAAGCACCAGCGGAGAAGAAAGCAAGGCUCGACACUGGUGGUGGUAAUAGCCCCAGGUUGGUUUUGAAAGGAUCCGGCACGACCUCGUCUCCCAUUGAUCUGACGGAAUGA